AUAAACCAAAAAACAACAAAAAAUCUCGCAGGUGACUCAUCAUCAGAGCUAAAAAAUAAAGCUCCACGAACCGAAAAGAUAACGCAAAACCGUGCAAUUCACAAACAGUUACGACGAUACACUUAAAUCAUCCGUUUGUUUGCUUGCGCUGUGCAAGUGUUCUGCAACAACGUUUGCCAUAGAGACAGGGUAAUCGUCGUCGUCGCCAGAAGAGCGGAUCAGUGGAAACGAGAUGUCCCUCAACACAGCGCACGCCAAUAAUGGCGUUUUAAUACACGCAGGCGAAGGCAUUUUGAUCUUCAGCGAUCAUGUGACAAUCGAGUUCACCGGUCACGACAAUCCGGCGAUGAAGGGUAGCAAGCAGGGCCGGGUGUACCUUACCACGCACCGGAUCAUCUACAAUGGCAAGCACGAGAGCGAUGCACUGCGCUCCUUCAGCAUGCCGUUCGUGACGAUGCGCGAGGUAGAGAUCGAGCAGCCGGUGUUUGGGGCCAACUACAUCAAGGGCAAGGUGACGGCCCAGCAGAACGGCAAUUGGAACGGGGAGGCCAAGUUCAAGAUCCUGUUCAAGCACGGUGGUGCAAUCGAUUUUGGGCAGGCAAUGCUACGUGCCGCUUCGAUCGCUCAACGUAACGCUGGCAGUGCACCGCCACCACCGUAUACGCCACCGGGUGGGGCUUGGUACGCAGCACCACCGCCAGCGUACACGCCGAAUCCUUACAACUAUGGCUGGGUACCGGGGGCGAGCGUAUUCCCCGAGCAACCGCAACCGAACUCGAUCUACAUGCACGACAGUCCGCCGCCUUACCCGGGUAUCAUCGCAAACACUGGCGGAUAUCCGCAGCCAGCGGCAGCCGGAUAUCCCUAUCCACCGCAGUAUCCACCACAGCAUGGUGCACCAACCGCAGGUGGCUAUCCGAUGCAGAUGGCACCCGGAUUUGUAGCCGGACCCGGAGUUGGCUAUCCGAAUGGUGGGCAUGCAGCGCAACCCGGUCCAUCGAACGGUGGCGUUGCGAUGGGCUUCUCGGCACCACCACAACCACCAGCCAAUUCCAAGGAAGCGGAAGCGGCUCAGAGCGCGUAUUACGAUCCCAAUAGCCCUCAGACGGCUUACGUUCCGCCGCCGGCCUAUUACGAACCGCCACCAAGCUAUAGCUCGCUGAACAAGAAGGAACAAUAAUCGGGAUCAGUCCGAUAGGGGAAACCGUAAGCUCCUCUGGUCCUGGGAGAGCCGCGCAUCGUAUUUGUUGCAUCAACGUUCGCAGCAUCCAACCGAGGGAAUGGGGCACAAAUCCUCCCCCCUUCCUCUAAGCUGUUUCGCUUGCCUUUGGAUGUCGAUGUCUAUUCGUUGUUUGUUACAUUAAUUAUCAUUGUUUUGCUAGUUUGUUAACCACAGCCAGCCAAGCAGCACCGGGGUGAAGGAGAGAACGGAUAGCAGUUUUUGGGCAGGGAGAGAGAGAGGGGAGCGGGUAGGAUCAAAGGCAGGCACUUUUAUGGGAGGAAUGCAUUCCGAAACACACAACUUUUGGAGAAAAUGAUGUUUAAUCACCAAGUGUAAUAACCUACAAAGAUGAAUCGAAUCUAUAAAUAAAAAGCUAUAAAUC